UAGUAAAAAAAAAUAUGUUAGUAAUAACAAUUCAUUUCAGAAAAGAAAGAAAAUUUUUUGUGAACCUAGAAACCCCACAAGUCACAAGGAGCUCAAUCAGGAAACUGAUAAUGGCGUUGUUUUUAGCAAUACCCACAAUUAAACAUUCUGAUGCACUCACUUUUAAGUUCUCAGUAAUCCCUUUUCACCUUACAAGAAGAAAUCUUCACAUUCGCCCGCCUCGCUUUCUUGUAUCAUCAAAGAAAUCAUCUUUCCAAGACUUUCAGGAAUAUGCAAAGCCUAGACAACUUUUGCCCACCAAAGAGCUGAAAUUUGACAUGGAUGAACCACCGGAAACAAUCCUUUCAGCUCUUCAGUUAGAUGGGUCGAAUUCUUUGUACAAGGUCCAGUUGUGUACUAGUUCUAUGUAUGGAUCUGAACUAAGUGAUCAGAAUGCUGGAAUUCUUGUCUGUAUUAUUGACAAGCAUGGUAAUUCAAUAUUGGAGAGGAUUCCUUCCAUCAUCAGUCAAGAUCAUAUGCUGCAAUCAAAGGAUGCUGUCACUUCUGAGGUUAUUCGCUUUAAAAGAGGUGCAAUUGAUGAAUUUAUAUUUUUGGGACCGAAACUGGGAAGAAUUCAGGCUAUGUGGAUAAGUCUUGAAUCAGGUCAGGCAGUUGGAGAUUGGGUGGUGCAAGCUUGACAAUGAUCAGUGUUUAUAAUUAUCAAAGGGAAGAAUCUUAUGCAAAUGGGGGUAGUUAUUGCAGUAUAACUUGCAAUUUUGAAGUUGAAGAUGUUUUGCUUGGGGAAGGGGGUGACUUGGCAAUGGCAGAACU